AUGGGGGGCGAGCACCACAAGAGCUCGCGCUCGGGCGCGUGGGAGGGCUACGAGAAGCUCAAGCAGGCGCUGGAGGGCCUCGCCACCGCCAAGGGCGUGUCGCAGAGCCGCAUCGGCGCCGUCGCCAAGCUGGCGGCGCAUUACUCCAAGUUCUACAAGCACGUGGUGCACGACAUCGAGGUGUUCCUGUGGAAGGCGGAGGUCGAGCACCGAUUGGCUGGUCUCUACGCUAUUGAUGCCAUCAUCCGACAGGCUCAUGCCAAGAACGACCCGAAGGACGCGUACGUGAAGCGGUUCCUGAUUCGGCUGUCGGACACCAUCGCAGCGGUGAAGAAAGUGCCGGAGCAGUCACAGCCGAAGGUGCGUCACGUGAUUGAAGAGUGGCAGAAGCGCGGCAUUUACACGCCGAAGCAGAUUGAGGACGUCGGCGGACGGGAAUAUCUGUACACGGGACAGGAGGAGCGCUCUGGAAACGUUACGCCUCGUACAUCGCCAGGAAAGUUGGCCUCGCUGCUGUCAAUUAUCAAGCAGAAAAAGGAGGAGCAGGUGCACUCGGGCGAUCCUCAGUCACGACCACCCCACGAAGGCUCCUACGGCGGAGAUGGACGACAGAGAGACGACGCUGCAGCUUAUAACCACCGCAGCUAUGACGACCGACGAGUGGAUGGCCCGCGUUACGACCGCAGAGAUGCGGGAGGCAUCAUGGGCGAUGCUCCAGGCAUGCCGAACGGAGCUGGUCGCGUUCGUAGAGCCCCAGAAGACCGCGGCAACGAAUUUGAUGAGCGUGACCCGAAGAAGGCUCGCGGGUCCCGGUGGGGGCCACCUAAGUUGGACAAUGAUAGACCUGCUCCAAUAAUUACGUCACUGGACAGGGAGGGAGAUUACCGUCCCGAUAGUGGCAGAUCUGGUUACCGUUCGCCUCCUGGGUCAUCACGCCAGGCCCCAUUCUUGCAAUCCCCGCGUGGGGGCCCACCAAGACACAAAGAGUGGAACAGAAAUGCACCUUCCUCUCGCGGUUCAGGUGCUGGAUGGCCUCGUGAAGGUGUGCGGUCUCCGCAGUCCGGAGGUCUAGGUAGACAAAGUGCUAGCCCCUACGAACAAGGCGGCAUGCAGCAAUCUCCAUUUUCAGGAUCGGACGACCGACGAAGCCCUGGUAGUCGCAUACCAGGCACCUCUGGAGAACUCUGCCGCAACUUUUUGGCUGGCAGAUGCACCUUUGGAGACCGUUGCUGGUACGACAACCUCGUGCACAUCCACGACCCGCAAGCUGCUGCAGCCGGCGGGGGUCGCCCGGAAAUGGGUGACUCGAAGCGCAAAACGGUGCUGUGUAACAACUACCCCCUUGGAAAGUGCCGGUUCGGAGAUAAGUGCAGGUACUAUUUGAUCAGUAGCUGUGAACUGGACAAGAAUGCGAGAUAUCCCCCAAGACCCCCAGUUCACGGCGACCAACCAGGAGGACGCUGGCAGCCGUCGCCAAGCUCACGACCGGGAAUGGAGCAGUCGCGCAUUUCGCCUUCUGCUCCGCCCUCUCAAGCUAGAUCUUACGGAGCCCCGCAAGUAUAUAAUGAACCACACGGUGAUCGCGGCAGUAGAGGAGGUGAUUCUUCUGUGUCUUAUGCUAACGCCGCUGCGCCCUCGCCCGGUGGGCGCCGGCUGCCGUCCGACCACCAGCCCACUUCAACGGCGCCCACACAAGGCUACCCUGGGACGUACGCCACGGCUUCUUCCCCCUACGGUGCAGCUGGUGGCUCCUCGUACACGAACCAAGGCCCCUCGUUCCCGAGCGGAGCUGAUCAAGGUUGGAGCCACAUCCCAGGCGGCGCCCCCGUUUUACCAUCCCCUGGUACUUCUGGUAGUCAAUCGUAUGGAGGAGACCGUGCGGUUGUGCCGGCCCCCAGCGCCAAGGUCUUGGCGGACGACGACGAUGGAGAUGCAGCUGAACCCGAGUUUACUCUGGAGUACGACGACGAAGACUAA